UGGCCGCGGCCGCUUUGCACUCAUUCACUCCAGUCCUCUGCCGACUGUUGCGGCAAACGCACGCGCGCACCUCUCACGCCGUCAGAUGUUAGUCUACGAUUACGACAUCGCGUCGCAUCUCGGACUUUUACCGUGACAGUGAAACGAACACUACCGAAUAUGGGUUAAACGCUCCCUUAGGCGUAAUGAGUCCGGGCGAGCGUGCCGCCCUAGGGCGCCGCGAACCCGCUCGCCCUCAGUAUGCCACCACCGCACCGGGAUUCCCGCCACCCUACUACCCGCCCUAUGGUGUGCCACACCCGAAUGCAUGGCUUGGCGCACCCCUUAUAUCCAUGGCCGGACGUGCUCCACCACCCGCCCGGAAUAACCCCGUGUCAAAACUAGCGAUGCACGCUCAGGGAGCGCCCCUCAUCAUACAAAAUAGGCACGACCGAAGAAAGUACACAACAGCACCAGAGCAACGCAAUCACCGGCCUGUUGUUCACAAUGAGCAUGCCACCAGGGAGAGAUGUGAAGUCUCGGAGGGAAACCGGCCUCGUAUCCAGCAGCAGCAAACACGUUCCACCCGAGGCGGACGUAACAACAACACGGAUGCGGUUAGUGUCGCGAGCGAUGAGAGUUCCGGCUCGACAAACUCUGAAACAAUGUUGCCCAGGAUAAUUAAACCUAGAAAGCGACGCAAAAAAGACAGAAAACCGAAUAACAUUAUACCACACGAUUUAAGUGCUGCUAGUUUAGAUCUCGGUGAUGUGGACCAUUGUGCCGUUUCAGGAAUCAGUUCUUCGGGGCGUAGUAUUUAUGAAGAUUCUUAUUGUCGGGAAAUGUCAUUGCCGUAUCGAUUGGACGUUAAAGUGAUGGAAUACCCAGAACCGGUGCCAGAGACUUAUCGUGUAUCUGCUCUAGGUGAAGCUUUAGAAGCCACAAGAUUCGGUAUAGCGGAAGCCGCUUCGCCUGUGGAGUCUGCUGUCAGUUCGUGUCAGUGUCGCUAUUGUGAUCCGGUGGGACAAAUCUGGGAUGCCGAUUCGAUCGCAGAUUUGCUCGACGAAAAUUCUAGCGGCGAUUUCGCUCCUACGAAAUUGGAGGAUUCAAUGAAAGUCGUUGGGCCGCUUGGUAGGCGAGGAGCAGACACUACUUUGAGACGAAGCUGGAGCGAUCCCUCUUCGCGGGUGCCUGAACGACGGGAAGCUAAUACUAGCGAGACUUAUUCAGCACCUAAUUUGUACUCAUUAUUCCCACCCUCGAGAAGAGCAAGCUCUCCGGAGCCGCGCUCUCCACUCGCAUUAGAAAUAUCUUCAGAAAUCGUCACUUCGAUGAAUGGUCAUCGUGACCUGGAAAUCAAGUUAUUUUCGACCUCACCUUCGGCAACAAACACCGAUCGCCGCUCCUUCUUCGCUGAUAAAAGUGAAAGUGCUGCGAACAGAUGUAUUACCACAAGUUAUGAUGUUAAAGUGAAUAAUGUGGUAAACAGUGACAAAGUUAAAUCUAGUGUUAAAACAGAUGGCAAAAAUAGUGAGGAAGUGUCCGAAUCGGUGUGUCCGACAUCAUUGGCUGCCGGCGAUUCUUCGCGUAACAUUUGUGAUUUAGCUUUAGUUUCUGCCUGAGGUCGUUAUUGUCGAAAUGCGCGAUAUGAAAAAAAAUAUUGGUGUCGUUUAUCAUUAAUUAGAGAACUCCACGCCAUUUGAGCUGGACUCAAAUUGUGACAGCGAUUGUUUGCAUGGAAAAUCUCGGCGACCCAUUAAAAUUGAGAUCUCCGUAUCAGUUUCCUGUAGAUUCUAUAAUUAAUUUAUUAUUAAAAAUAACGUAGGAAGCUGACGGGGAGCUUUAUCUGGAGACAAAAUUCGCUGUUUAUCAGUUUUCUUGGCGAGUUAAUAUUUCGGUGUAGGCUUAGUUGUUUUGUAAAGAAGUUAAUUUGUUCAUUUGAAAUUUUCUAUCAGUCCCUUGCGAUUAGCUGUCGUGUUACUUUGAGCAGCUCUCAUUUCUAGAUAGCAUCUUGUGCAGCGGGCUUACGAGCCUGUGCAAUUAGCGUUUCACACUACUGACACGGUUCUCGCGGCGCGCAGCUCGCUAUUGCGGUUUCCCGCGGUUUUCACUGCGCACGCCGUUCCGGAUGGCGCCUCGCCGUUCCACUAUUAAUGAUUCCUUCAUCUUAAACAACAUUUGACUCGUAUUUGGUAUGAGUGUGUGAAACGCAAAAUAAAUAUGUUCAUUAACUUGUUUAAUAAUCACUAUUGUUAUUGGUUUUGUUGUAAGUUAUAUCAUAAAUUAAAUCGCAUAAGACACAAAUUAAAUUAACAAUCAAGAGACUUUAGUAUACUUUCGAAAAAAAAAAAGAUUAUGCUUGUUUUGUUACCUUUAUCAAAUUCAUAAUCUAUCCGGAUACAGGAUCGUUAAAAAUUGUGCAUCAUAAUUUAUAACAACGCAUUUAGAAAUCAUCAAUAUUAUUGUUCAUACGCACGAUUUUCACAGCGUUCUGCAGAAUUAUUUGAAUUUGUAUUUGAUACGCCGCCGCUGGAAGCGAUAAAACCACAGUUAUUUCCCUCUGGUUACGUGACUGACGUCGGCAAGUUAAUAGUAUUCCCCACAAUCGUUAUCGUUGCAUAACAGCCGCAUUGUUGACACUUUUGAAAUCCAUUUAUGCCCUUGCUAUCAGGUUGUAAACGAGCUCGAUACGCGGUCGUCGACUUUAUUCUCAAGACUGAUAUACUAACAUUUGAUUGAAAUAUUAUAACUUCUGUUCUAAUGUGUGUUUAACUCUAUAUUUUUAUUUCACGUUUCUUGUAUGUUGGUCACGUUGUUAUUAAAUAAUAACAACAGAAGCAUUAUAAAUAUCUAUAUACAUCCAAACAGAAGCAUCAUCUAUAUACAUCCAAGUCAAUGCAAUGUUUAUCUUUUCAUUGAUAAACAGCGAAUUAAAAACCUUCGUGUGUGUCGUAUGUUUUCGUUUAAGGGUCCAAUAAGUUUGUGAAUCCAGAUAAAGUUCCAUACUGUAGAUAAUGUGAAUAUAACUAAGUUAUUCAUGGACUGUACGCCUGUAAACAGUCUCUAUCGUUGGGUUUUACACUCCACGGGCUAUUUCGAUGUUUAAUUUUUUUGUUUAUGUGCUGUGUUCGCUUGCGUGGGUCGACAUGAUAAAUUGGUUCUUGCUUUAUUUUUUUUCUACGACAUGCUCAGCGUAGACGGGGAGUUAUCUAAAUCAAAUUCUUAUAGAAAUCCGUAUUAGUGGGUCCAUGUCAAUUGACAUAUUUAUCGGAUGUUCCAUUAACGGCUGCCUUUGAAGUUAGGCCUGCUUUAUGUUUACUUUCAUCCGAAAGGAAAGGGGCGAUAGCUUCUUUAUUGUCAAGUUGUUAACUUGAGUUAUUGAAAUUGGGUUCUCGAAUUAUUUGUUAUCUCUUUGUGAGAUGGGAACAGUGAAUUUUAAUCUUAAUCUCUCAACAAAAUUGAUUGUUUCGUUUGAUGCUGAGCCUAGGUUUUUGUUGGGAUUUCGUAAGGGCGUGGCGUCAUAUGUGGUUGUAAAACUCAACGAUACAACCCACUUUAAUGUAAACAAAUAGGCUAUGUCUAACUUACUGAGUGAAUGCAUUUUAUAUAAGGGUCCGCGUGGACGAGUCAAUUAAGUGGUCAAUCGCCUGAGGCACAAAGUGCAUUAAAUGAUGAAGGCGUUUCAUUGCGUCCAACGGUUUAUAGCCUUAUUUGUUUUUAGUUAUGAGACAAAAGUGUACACCACUAAGUGGUGUAGCUAGAUGUCUCAUGUUCAUGUUAAAUGUGUCAUUUUCGUCUAUUAUCAUUUCCAAAUUGACCUCUUCGUUUGUCGUAUUGUUCUCGUACGCGCGGACUCUGAAACUUAGGUUUAAUAUUUGUUUGUGUAUGUCAUGACAAUGAGACAUGAGUAAUACACGUCCGCACACUAUUUUUGUACAAUAAAUACCAUGUCCUUAUA